CUUUAAAAGAUUCGGGAUAGCACCAGAAUUCCCACAUGAAUUAUUUCACACCUCUACCUCAAGAAAUCGUCCCGGGAGCGGACACCCAGAACAGAAAAGUCUCACGGUUCCUUCCACUGGGAUGAUUUCCAUUCAGCAUCCAUAUGCACAGCGCAGCCUCUGAUUAACUGCUCCGUUUUUAUUUAUAUACCAAUUUAAUAUGGCAUUCACAGACUUGUCCAGUAGUGUUUUACUCGGAUGUGUUAUUAUUUUUAGCACCGUGCUCUAUCCUGUCGACUCUUACCUCUACAACAACCGCUACUUCGGUGAUCAAGUGUUGAGAAUAAUCCCCAGCAGCGACACAGAGGUUCAAGCAGUCAAACAGCUUUUCCAAAACCUGACGGUGGACCUUUGGAAGCCCAACAGUGCAUACAUGAUUCAAGAGAACAGCCCAGUAGACGUUCAUGUGGGACGGAACAAGACACAAUGGCUAAGAAGACGUCUUCGCCAAGCGCACAUCCACUAUGAGGUGCUCAUUUCCAAUCUCCAAACCGAAAUUGAGAAAAAGAUCGGACACCAAACCUCCAGGAAGCGCAGAUCAGAAUUCCAGUAUGACUAUGAAGUGUACCAUCCUUUGGAAGAUAUCCAGAGUUGGAUGUUUGAGAUGAACCGGACACACCCACACCUGGUGGAGCUGUUUUCUAUUGGUCAGUCCUAUGAAGGACGGCCCCUCUAUGUGCUCCAGGCGCUGAACUCCUAUCAACACGACUCCAGCAUGAGACGACUGAUGAAUCAGCUCAAUUUCUACAUUAUGCCUGUCUUCAACGUGGAUGGUUACCAUUACAGCUGGGAGACGGAUCGCUUUUGGCGGAAAACUCGGUCAAAGAUUCCAAAGUAUCAUUGUCGGGGAGUGGAUGCCAACCGAAAUUGGAAAGUCAAAUGGUGCGAUGAGGGUGCAUCCCUGCACCCCUGCGAUGACACGUACUGCGGUCCCUUCCCUGAGUCAGAGCCUGAGGUCAAAGCUGUUGCCAAGUUUCUACGCAAACACAAGAAACGUGUCAAAGCCUACAUCUCUAUUCAUGCCUAUGCUCAGAUGCUCCUCUAUCCAUAUUCCUACAAAUAUGCCACUAUACCAAACUUCAACUGUGUGGAAUCAGCAGCUCAGAAUGCAGUGAGCGCUCUAUACUCAGCUUAUGGAGUGAGAUACAGAUACGGCCCUGCCUCCACCACACUUUAUAUGAGUUCUGGUAGCUCAAUAGACUGGGCCUACAAGAACGGGAUACCAUACGCCUUUGCCUUUGAGUUGCGUGAUACGGGCUACUUCGGCUUCCUGCUGCCAGAAGCCCUGAUUAACCCAACUUGCACAGAAACCAUGAGAGCAGUAAAGACCAUCGCUUCAGGCCUGCUGAAGAAAUGUACCAAAUGAAACCUUCUCUAUCUUCUUUUGUCUUGUCUUGUCUUCCCUCUAUCUAUUUCACACCCAUAAGCCAUAGCAAUGUCUACUAGCUAUGUACAAAUGUGCCUGCGUUUUAUAUAUAUUUUUAUGUUA